GUCUGGGCCUUCCGCAGCCGUUUGAUGUGCCGUCUUUAUUUACCCCGAGGACGCUUACGCUCGCAGCUUCCCUUGUACGUUCUAGAGGAAUAGCGACCUGAACUGCUGUGGUUUCAAGGCUUACACCAUCAAACGUGGAUGAUAAUGCAAAAGGCUUAGAUGCAUUCAAAAUGAGUUAGUAUGUUGCCGCCGUGAACGUUGUCGUCGGCAUGCUCUAAGGCAAUCGAGCUUUUAGUGGACAACCGAUACAGAGAUGGCUGACGAGCCACUUUUUGGAGUAUUUAAAGAGGAGAAGGGGCUUGCUGUCAGCGGCGAGCCAUAUGAGAAGCCGGUGGAGACACAUACCCGGCACCAGGGGAAGCAGCUAAUUGUUAACAACCUCUCCGCCAUCAAAGGCCAUGGCAGGGACACAUGGCUAGACAAGAACCUACAGCUCAUCACACCGAGCGACAGCUACUGCGAGCCCCUCGACCUACCCACCAUCGUAGCCGCCAGGGCGGGUCCCGGGGCGGGUUCGGAGCCUGACAGCGGCGGACGCAUCUCCGACAAGCCCUUCAGACCCAGCCACCCGGCAGCCAAGUCGGGUCGCAACGCGGGGUCGUUGUACGGCACCUUUGGUCCCAACGACAUCUUCUUUGACCCGGACGCCAACGCCCGGAGGCCCAUCACCGCGCCCUCCGACCCUCCCCGGCCCCUGGGCAACAUCUACACCAACAACCCCAAGCGGGGAGGACCAGGCUACCCCGACCAGUACCGGCUGCUGGCAGGCGGUUCGUACAAGUACGUACCGGACGAGUACAACCGGGGAAGGAUUCUGGAGAAGAGCAUGAAGACCGAGGCCCGCGCCCGCAUCCCCAAGCCCUUCUGCCACGGCACCCGCACCAGCGGCUGCUUCACGCCGGACAGCCAGCUCUACGCCACGCCCCCCCGGCGCCCCCCCAGCCGCCCCCGCUCCGAGGCCCCCGGCCGCCCCGCCUGGCGCCCCAACAACCCGGCGGCACGCGGGCCCUACUGCGGCCUGCUCAGCCAGCCAGCCUACGUACCCUGCCCCGAGCCGGGGGAUAAGCCCAAGUCCCAGUCGCCCUCCCCCGCGCGCCCCUUCGUGCCUACCUCGGGUGGCUUCAAGCGGCUCAGCAUGUGGAGUGUGAAUCCCUACGAGCGGGAGGCGCGGCCGCCCGCCGACCCAGAUGGAAUGGCUCUGGUGUGAGGCCACCACUGAAGGCCCCGGUUGGGAGCUUGGGGUUGGGGUUGGGAGAAAAACUGGGGCCACCAUGUAGUGAUGUGUACGAAAAUGCCGGGGCUUACCGGUAUGUCCGGUUUGCAUGUGGGUGGAUGGUUGGAGGCAGGAGAGAAGGUGAGGUGGGGUGGUGUUGGAGCCGGUAUGGCAAAAGUUGGAGGAAGGGGAUGCAAAGCAGGUUGAGAUGUGAGAGAGAAUGAAAGGGAGGCUUGCAUGGGUUGUUUGCAUGAGAUGCCGGGUUGUUUGCAUGGGAAAGGGAUGGGAUAAGGACACAAGAAACGGGCAUAGGGGAGGGGUAGGAAGAGAGUAGGACAGGGUAGGAGUGAAACCCGGGCUAGCGCAGCAUGCACGAGGUAGGGGGGCCACUUGCGGGCAGGCGUCAAGCAAGCUAAGCAGGCGCAUGCAUGCAUGCAUGUAGGUAUGUGCAGGAAGGCAGGCAGUGCAACACAGCUGUGAUGCUGUGGCGUUCGGCGUGCAGCUGCUGCCGCCGUUGCCAUCUCUUGAGGGCGGUUGCGAGUGUAGGUAUGUGCGCUAAUGUGUGUACGACAUUACUUGGUAGUUAUUGAAACAUACAAUUUACGGAUUGUGUGAUCCUCCACGCGAUGUGGCGUCUGUUAACUAGAGGGGAGAUUUGUGAUUGCUGUGAGCGUGAUUACAGUCCUAAUUGGUGGGAAAUUCCCCCGCCCCCAACGUGGGGCCG